GUGGUUGAUGCCUGUCCAUCGUCUUACCUUUGCCAGUGAGGAACCGAACCUGCAGCCAUGAGACUGGUGCUGCCGAACCCGGGUCUGGAUGAUCGGAUCCCUUCACUUGAGGACCUUGAGACCAUAGAGCAAAAAGAGACCAGUGAAAGGCCCAAAUGGGACAACAAAGCCCAGUAUAUUCUCACCUGCGUGGGCUUCUGUGUGGGGCUGGGCAACGUCUGGCGUUUCCCCUACCUGUGCCAAAGCCAUGGAGGAGGAGCCUUCAUGAUCCCUUUCCUGAUCCUGUUGGUACUGGAGGGAACCCCCCUCUUACUGAUGGAGUUUGCGAUUGGCCAGCGCCUCAGGAAGGGCAGUGUUGGAUGCUGGAGGGCUAUCAGCCCUUACCUCACAGGAGUUGGUAUUGCAUCAAUGCUAGUGUCCUUCUUUGUGGGACUCUACUACAAUACUAUCAUGGCCUGGAUCAUGUGGUACCUGUUUAACUCCUUCCAAGAUCCCCUGCCAUGGACACAAUGCCCGCUCAAUGAAAACAAGACAGGACCAGUGCCGGAAUGUGGCCUGAGCUCACCUCAGGACUACUACUGGUACAGAGUGACGCUGAACUCCUCAGCAAGCAUCGAGGACCCUGGAGAUCUCCAGUGGUGGAUUGUCCUGUGUCUCCUCUCUGCCUGGAUAGUGAUCGGUGUGUGUUGCAUCAGGGGAAUUGAAUCCACAGGAAAGGCUGUGUACAUCACCUCCACGUUGCCCUACAUCGUUCUCACCAUCUUCCUAAUCAGAGGGCUGACUCUCAAAGGCUCCCUGAGUGGCAUCAAAUUCCUCUUCACACCCGAUGUCAACGAGUUGAUGAAGGCAAACACGUGGCUGGAUGCAGGGGCCCAGGUGUUCUACUCCUUUGGCUUGGCCUGGGGAGGUCUCAUCUCCUUCUCUAGCUACAACCCCGUUCACAACGACUGUGAGAAAGAUGCUGUGAUCCUCGCGGUGAUUACAGGGUGCACUUCUGUCUAUGCGGCUACUGUUAUCUACUCUAUCAUUGGCUUCAAGGCCACUGAAAGGUUUGAUAACUGCAUUAACAGAAACAUUCUAUUACUACUGAAUGCCUUUGAACUGCCUGAGGACUCCAUCACAGAGGACAACUACUUGGACCAGCUCAACAGUCUGAACACCACUUCACCGGACAUUAUUCAGUCGCUGGAUAUCAAAAUCUGUGACAUGCAGCAGUUACUCAGUGAGGGUGUUGAAGGAACAGGUCUGGCCUUCAUCGUGUUCACAGAGGCCAUCAGCAAGAUGCCCGUGUCUCCUCUCUGGGCCAUCCUCUUCUUCGUCAUGCUCUUCUGCCUGGGGCUGUCCACCAUGUUUGGGAACAUGGAGGGAGUGGUGGUGCCCCUGCAGGAUCUUGGCAUCUUCCCGAAACACUGGCGCAAAGAAGUCCUCACAGUUAUUGUUUGCGUGGUGGCUUUCGUCAUCGCCUUGCUUUUUACUCAGCGCUCAGGGAAUUACUGGCUCGCCUUCUUUGACAACUUUGCCGGCUCCAUCCCCCUUCUCACCAUCGCCUUUUUUGAGAUGUUCAUUGUUGUGUACGUCUACGGGAUAGACAGGUUUAACAAGGAUAUAGAGUUUAUGAUUGGACACAAGCCAAACAUCUUCUGGCGAAGCACCUGGAUGGUGAUCAGUCCUCUUAUUGUUCUGGUCAUCUUAAUCUUCUACUUGGUGGGAAAGAUCACAGAGGAACUCACCUACCUCUCCUGGGAUCCUGAAUCAGAGAACUUCCCUUUGUUGGAUGUCAAGACCUACCCUAGCUGGAUCAGCAGUAUUAUUUUUAUCUUAGCUGGUGUACCAACUGUCAUAGUCCCGAUCUAUGCAUUGGGCAAGGUCAUCUACGACCGUUGCUGCAAGAAUCAAAACCAGAUGCAGAUUCUGGAAAACGUUCAAUAAAGUUUUUGCAGAUUGUAAGUCUCUAAAAUGUAUUUCAUUAGUAAAUUAACUAUUUCCAAUAUCAUAUUACAUGUAUGUAAGUUAAGCUGUUUCUUCUUUCUUUUUAAGCAUUUCAGUGUUUUGUCUAGUUCACUCUUUUUGCAACUUU